AUCCCUCUUCUAAGUGAGAGAACCGAUGUAGCAGACGAAAAGUGUGUUUGUCUCUUAACUGUUGAAGUACGUGACGAUCGGAGAAGACAUUCUUUCCACCCCCCAAGCGGAAAAGUUAUCGUUGAAGGAGAUCGAAUGAAAUAGGGAUCGAAUAAAAUUGAUUUGUUCUUUUCAAAAGUUUCGAAAGAAUUUACUAAUAAAAAAUAAUAAAGCAUUUUAAAAAUAUUCGAAUUAUUGGAAUUCAGAAUUUUCGUCAGAAGUUAUGUUGCUGUUUCUAAAUUCCAAAAGAGAAUGUUUAGAGUAGAAGCAUGCAAUCAUUGGGUGGACACAUUUUACUCUUUCUCAAAAGAUGAUAACACUCCUGUCCACCUUUACAAUGAUAAUUUUAAGUUUAACCGGAGGACAAUGUAACGAGGCCUGCAGCUUCAACCGCCUUUGCACAUGCCGAAGUAGCCACCAUGAAGUGAUCUGCCGGGGCGUACCUUUUUCAAAAUUCCCCUCAUUGCCAACAGAAGCAAUAUAUCAGGUAAAAAUAAUGCGUUCAGGAUUAGAGAUAUUAAACAACAAUAUAUUUGAAGGUUCAAGUGUUGCUUCCCUACAUUUGAUGCAAAACAACAUAAUUUGCAUCUCACCUUGGGCAUUUAGUGGACUUGAAGAUAUCCUUACUACAUUGGAUCUAAGUCAAAACAAGAUCAGCCAAUUUCCGCUCAAUGCUCUUAGUCCACUAAACAAUCUACAGUGGCUCAACCUGCACGGGAAUCAAAUCGAUGAUAUUCAGAAUUUUAAAUGGUCACAACUGAAUUGUCGUUCUAGUUUAAAUAGUUUAUUUUUAGGAGCAAACUCGAUAACUAGCAUACCGGAAGGUGCGUUCGUAAAGUUGAUUAAUCUCAACUUGUUAGAUCUGGAUGGUAACUUGAUUCAUGAUGUGGAAAGCAAUUCAAUGCCAUUCUUUUUGAAAUCUUUGUCAAUAUCCAAUAAUAUUUUGAAAAAAGUGCCUCUUCAUGCGAUAUACUCUUUAAAGCAUUUGAAAUUCUUGUAUUUGGCUGGAAACCUCAUUCAAAAGCUACCUUGUCCUUUUUAUUUGCACGUUUCUCGUUUGGAAAAAUUGGAACUUAGCAACAAUAUGAUGACACAUUUCCCCGAAUGCGUCUUCAAUGGUUCUUUCACAAUUAAAGAAUUGCAUUUGGACUUUAAUUUCAUACGAAUACUUUCAGGUCGGAGUUUUAAAGGAACCAAGCUUGAACGCCUGGUUUUAGCGAACAAUCGCAUUACAAACAUUCAUGCAGAUGCGUUUGUUGGUAUUGAGAAGACGCUGACAAUUUUAGAUUUAAGUUUUAAUCUUUUAGAAAUGUUCCCGACUGCUGUCAAUGAUUUGAAAUCGCUGAUGUAUUUAUCGCUUAAAAGUAACCUUCUGAAGCAACUUGAUAAAGGUGAUCUGCAUGGUUGUAGAAGCAAGUUAGAAACACUAGACUUGUCAGGAAACAUAUUUCAGCAUGUUCCAAAGAAAGCUCUGAAGUCAUUGACGAAAUUGGUGCGCUUAAGCCUCCAAGAUAACAAAAUACAAAAAAUACAUAGAGAUGAUUUUGAAGGUUGGGGACAAACAUUAACUACACUAAGCUUGGCCAAUAAUAAAAUGACAUAUUUAUCUGGAGGAUCAUUCUCUCAUCUAUCUAAACUAAAAGAACUAAAACUUUCUUUCAAUAACUUAAUGCACGUUGACCAACAAGUGUUUAUACCUCUAAGAAAAACUCUUGAAGUUCUAGAUCUUACUUCGGCUUUUACUGAAUACAAUUAUCCCCUUGAAAAUUUUAUAAGAGAUUUAGAUAAUUUGGAAUGGCUUCAGGUGGACCAUAAUAACAUAUCUAAACUCUCAGCAUUCUGUACUGAUCGAUUGCAAAAAUUUCGCCACUUGGAUAUCAGCAACAACGAUUUAAAAGAUAUUUCAGUUGACGUUUUUAAAAUGGCCACUCAUGCGUAUUUAAGUGCCGUCCAUGUUAGUCAUAAUGAAUUGGAAGUAAUAAGAAGUGGUACUUUCGAUGCUCUUCCUCACUUAUCUACUGCUGUUUUGUAUUCGAAUAAGAUUUCUUUAAUUGAAGGCAACUCCUUUUCAAAUUGUCCGUAUCUACACACUGUGGUGUUAUCUGACAACGAAAUAUCCGCAAUACAUACGUCUGCUUUUAAUAAUCUCACCAAAUUAUCUAACGUUUACCUUCAAAAUAAUAAGUUGGAAUGUUUUUCAUUCGAUAUAUUUUCUGGUGAUACCUCUCCCCUCUAUCUAAAUUUAUCGAACAAUUUGCUGAGAGAGUUAAAUUGCGCAAACGAUUCUUUGCUAUCUCUGAUGAAAACAAGAACAUUAGACCUCACGAACAAUAUGUUAACUGUGAUACCAGACUCUUUGUUUUUUAACCUUGAAAAAUAUUUGAUGUACUUGUUUAUCUCUAAAAACAAUAUUUCAAAUCUUCCUUCAGUCCCGUUGCCAAAUUUGCAAAUUUUACAAUUAUCUUGCAAUGCUUUUGAACAUUUAAAUGCUACACACAUUAAUUGUUGCCGACAUGUACAGAUAUUAACUUUGGACCACAACAAUCUAUUUUAUGUUGAAAGAGACUCCUUCAAAAAUAUGAAAAACUUGCGAAUUUUAGAUCUGAGUUUCAAUAAUCUUGAUUUUUUACCCGAUGGAACGUUUAGUGAUACCGGACUUGAACACUUAAACGUAUCUCAUAACAGGUUAAUAGAACUACCAAUUAUAUCAUUGACAGACAUAAGGACUACUUUAAAACAUUUAGACCUGUCAUUAAAUUUGUUCAAGAAUAUCUCUGCAGAUAGUUUUUUAAAUUUAAACCACCUUCAGGCCUUGAAUUUGUCUUCCAAUUUCAUAUCCUUCCUUCACGAACAGAGCUUGAAUGGUCUGAACAGCUUGAUUGAAUUAGAUCUGUCCCAUAAUCCUUUACGAAAAUUAAGUGAGACAUCUCUUAGCUCAUUAAAUUCUCUGAGAUCCCUCUACUUACAAAAUACCAGCUUGAUAUCGUUAUCUGUGCUGCCAUUUCCAAAUCUUCACUAUCUGAAUCUGAGGGAUAAUUAUCUUUACAACAUAUCUCAGGAUAUUUUUGAAAAGUGUAGAAAUGUGCGAUUUUUGGAUAUAUCUAGGAACUUGCUGCAAAACGUGCCUAUGCAUUUGUGGAGAAACCUACGCAAGCUUGUUGGAUUAGACAUAUCUGGUAAUCCUAUUGAAGUGUUGGGUAUUAACAGUUUUUCUGAGUUAGACAAACUUAAUCAUUUGGAUAUUAGUGGCCUUUCUCUAAAAAUACUGGAUUCACGGACAUUUUUUGAGUUAAAAUUCCUAACCUCAAUCAAAACAGAUUCCUAUGCUUCCGUUCGUUCCUUCCGCCUCCAAGAACUCCUUUCCCAAGCAUCGGCACUCAAGAAAGUGGUCAUCAACAUAGAAGAGUCGAUCUUGUCUCAUCAAGUACAGAGGGCAUUUGGUACCAAGAUACGAGAACUCGUCAUCAAUGGGCAGAACUUGAAAAAGAUACUACCCGACGCAUUUGCCGGUUUAUUGACUCACGAGCUGACCAUUCGAAUCAGUGGAACGAUGGUCAAUCAGUUUCCGGAUGGUCUGCUGAGAUACCUGCCGGAUGUCCGGUACCUGACACUAGACUUGAGAAAUAAUCAACUAGCAUCAAUGGGUCCCAAAGUCCUUGCAGCUAUGACUAGAGAUGGACCGGAUGCUUAUCAGACUCAACAUAUAACUGGUGGUGUACUUCUGGAAGAGAAUCCUUGGAAUUGCAGCUGUGAGCUUUUGUGGCUAGGUCGAUGGAUGAGGCGGUGGCUGAUAGAGACGUUUCACGUGCACAUGCUAAGUGUUGAAGCAGCCUUAUACGUGAACACAGUGUCCAAAAAAACCACGUGCACGAUUCCUGGUACCAACAGCACCCUCUCCAUAGUUGACUUAAGAGUGAAAGACGUUAACUGUGAAGUAGUGUCGAACUCUGCAUCGUGUCCAUCUUGUAUUAUGUUCUUAAUUUUAUUUUGCUACGCUCUCUUAGAAUUUGCUCAAGGAUCCAUGAAACACAAAUUCACGGCUGUCAGUAUUUGAUGCCCUGACUGAAAUUAAAAU